AUGACCGCUGGACAUCAUGGCAGAGUCCAUACCAAUUUCAACCUUCCUCAUGAUCGAAUUCGUGGGAUGUAUGAAGGUGUCACGAUCAAGAACAGAGACAUUUUUGGGGGAGCUGGCGGAGGCUAUGAAUCCGAUAAUCAUAGCGUUGGGCACUUCAAGGAAAUAUCAGGGGAGGUGAUUACUACUUCCACUACGACCCCCACCACCACUACAUCAACUACUACGCCAAGAACCGCCUCAACAACGUCACGUAGAGAGGGUUCCGGAGUUCUUGUGACGAUUGAGGAGCCUGGAAGAAUGCAAUCAUCGGCGACAUUUGAUUACUUGGUGAAUUUUUUCUGUCAAGAUUGCGUCUUUGAUGAAGUUCAUUUGAGUCAAAUUGGGCCAUCAGGCUAUGAAUCCGAUAAUCAUAGCGUUGGGUACUUCAAGGAAAUAUCAGGGGAUGUCGUGCCUUCACGAACGCCUACGUCGAGUACAACAACAGCUGCACCAGCUACAACAACAACGACAGCAGCUACGAGGACACCAGCUACAACGGCACGCUCAUCAGCGACGUCGUCAAGUACCAUCCCCAUGACUCGUGCACCCGCUGUAUCCACGCAUGGAUUUGAAACGACAUCAGUAACAGAAACUGGAAGGACUUCAGCAACACAAAGUGGCAAGACUUCAGUGACAGAAAGCGAAACGAGUUCAGCAACACAAAGUGGGAAGACUUCAGUGACAGAAAGCGAAACGAGUUCAGAAACACAAAGUGGAAACACUUCAGUGACAGAAAGCGAAACGAGUUCAGCAACACAAAGUGGAAACACUUCAGUGACAGAAAGCGAACCGAGUUCAGCAACACAAAGUGGCAAGACUUCAGUGACAGAAAGCGAAACGAGUUCAGCAACACAAAGUGGCAAGACUUCAGUGACAGAAAGCGAAACGAGUUCAGCAACACAAAGUGGGAAGACUUCAGUGACAGAAAGCGAAACGAGUUCAGCAACACAAAGUGGCAAGACUUCAGUGACAGAAAGCGAAACGAGUUCAGCAACACAAAGUGGCAAGACUUCAGUGACAGAAACUGCAAGUGACGUUCACACAGGGACAGAGACCCAAACAGCAACCAGCGGAUGCUCAUGCCAUGGACAAACUGGAACAGCUCCAGCAACAGUAACGAAGGAUUCACCCGCCGGAACCGGAGCAACUCAGACUUCAGCAACUGCAUAUACUCGGGAUGCAGGUGCCGGGAGUGUAACUGCUACAGGUGACGAAAGCUUCACAGAUUAUGAAACUGCCACAGACGCUGGUAGCGCAACAUUCACAGCAACCCGAAAGUGUACGGCAACUGCAAAGACUUCACGAACAGCAUAUACAGGCGCAAGUGCCGGGAGUGUAACUGCAACAGGUGACGAAAGCUUCACAGAUUAUGAAACUGCCACAGACGCUGGUAGCGCAACAUUCACAGCAACCCGAAAGUGUACGGCAACUCCAAAGACUUCACGAACAGCAUAUACAGGCGCAAGUGCCGGGAGUGUAACUGCAACAGGUGACGAAAGCUUCACAGAUUAUGAAACUGCCACAGACGCUGGUAGCGCAACAUUCACAGCAACCCGAAAGUGUACGGCAACUGCAAAGACUUCACGAACAGCAUAUACAGGCGCAAGUGCCGGGAGUGUAACUGCAACAGGUGACGAAAGCUUCACAGAUUAUGAAACUGCCACAGACGCUGGUAGCGCAACAUUCACAGCAACCCGAAAGUGUACGGCAACUCCAAAGACUUCACGAACAGCAUAUACAGGCGCAAGUGCCGGGAGUGUAACUGCAACAGGUGACGAAAGCUUCACAGAUUAUGAAACUGCCACAGAGGUUGGUAGCGCAACAUUCACAGCAACCCGAAAGUGUACGGCAACUGCAAAGACUUCACGAACAGCAUAUACAGGCGCAAGUGCCGAAACCGCAACAGGUGACGAAAGCUUCACAGAUUAUGAAACUGCCACAGACGCUGGUAGCGCAACAUUCACAGCAACCCGAAAGUGUACGGCAACUGCAAAGACUUCACGAACAGCAUAUACAGGCGCAAGUGCCGGAACCGCAACAGGUGACGAAAGCUUCACAGAUUAUGAAACUGCCACAGACGCUGGUAGCGCAACAUUCACAGCAACCCGAAAGUGUACGGCAACUGCAAAGACUUCACCAACAGCAUAUACUCGAACAGGCGCAAGUGCCGGGAGUGUAACUGCAACAGGUGACGAAAGCUUCACAGAUUAUGAAACUGCCACAGAGGUUGGGACGGUAACCCAGGGUCUUACUGGGGCUGAGGAAACUAUGACAGGGGGUGCAACAGAGGAUGUCACUGCAACAGCAACAGAGGAUGUCACUGUAACAGCAACAGACGAUGUCACUGCAACAGCAACAGAUGAUAUCACUGCAACAGCAACAGAGGAUGUCACUGCAACAGCAACAGAGGAUGUCACUGCAACAGCAACAGAAACAGAGGAUGUCACUGCAAAAGCAACAGAGGAUGUCACUGCAACAGCAACAGAAACAGAGGAUGUCACUGCAAAAGCAACACAUGAUGUCACUGCAACAGCAACAGAGGAUGUCACUGUAACAAAGGUUGGAACUGUAACAACAAGGGUAGCCACAAGCAACAACUCAGUCACUACAACCAGAACAGGUGGAACCCCUUCAGCGAGUACGACAACAGAACCGGCUGCAGGCGGAGCAAACGGGGUUCUGAUUGGUGUUGCAUCGGCUGCGGGAGGCCUGGCAGUUGCUGGUGCAGCAGGAGGUGCAUACUAUUUCAAGACACGCCAAGGCAGUUAUAACGGAGACGACCUUGAUGUGACCGACGGAGAUGCUCCCCAACAAGUCAACGAACGCGAACAAGAAGCAGAUGCCUCAUUCGUGUAA